UAUUAUUUUAUUUGAAAAAAAAAACAGUUGGCGGGAAACCAAGUCAGUGUGUCGUUUCGAGUCGAUACCCAGGCUCCUGUCGGAGACCAAAUUAGGGUUUCUUCGAUCAAUGGAGGACGGAACCCAAGGGAGUAUAGAGCUCAACAAACGUGGCAGUGGCAGUGGCGAUGGUGAAUCGGAGAAUGGCGUGGUCGAUUUGACGAGUCAGGUACACCUGCUGCCUUGUAAUAUCAAGUUCGACGGCCCUUGCACUGUUUCCGAUUAUUUCAAACCCAAAUCCACUGGUGUGGAAAUUGAGGGACUAAGAUUACAGGAAGCUCAUUUCAGAGGAAGGAAGCUGCAAGGAACUACCCUUUGUCUCCCAGAAGGGUAUUCUGGGUUUGUUCUGGGAAAGAGGGGACUUGGGAAGAGAAAAGCUUCUAGCAUGUCUGGAGAGAACUCGAACUGUUGGGAAAUGAAUGCAAACUUUAAAAAUUUAACAUAUUGGAAACACGACAGCCUUCCCUCGCAUCAGGACACUUUUCUGCGUUCUUUUCACUGGCUUGCUGUUGCGAAAGCUAUGCAUCAACCGGUGGGAGCUGAAGAUUUGGUUUCCUCUUCUAUUGCCCUAGAGAAGAUGAAGAAAUAGAAUUACCAGUUGUAUAAUUUGGUACUUUUGUCUAAAAGGCUGUAUUACAACAAGUGUUAUGACAGGGUUUUCAAAAGAAAAGUUGUUAUAGUAAGUUUAGUUAAACUAAGAAA